UUUUUUUUUAAUGUGAGUGCAAUAUUUAGGAGCUGCAGGGGGGCUUAAGAAAUUUUCCUUUAAAAUAACCUGAAAGAAAUACACACAUAGAUAUAUUAUUAUAUGUAUUUUAAACAACUGCAUUAAAAAUACACCAAUAGCACAACCUCCGAAACCCGGGAUGAAGUGAACCACUGUGAAACAUCCAGUUAGAUUCUCUGAUGCCCAUCACUGUUACCAAUACAGGAAUAACAACAUGCCGAGCUGUGUGAACAAGCAGAGGUACAACUUGUGCACAGAGGAUUCAUGCUCAAUGUUUCCAUUUGCAUGUGCUGCAUGAGUGAACUCAAUCCAAGAAUCAAAAAAAACUUGUCUUGUGAUUUGUUUUAAUCAUGGUUGAUAUUGAUAGGAUGCUAAAUUAAAAAUAUUUUUUCCUUUUUUGUUUUUUUUAAACCUGAGGAAGUAGAGAUUUUGUCUCUUGGUUUGUUUGUUUGGAAUGACAAGCCCCCUACAUUUGCUUGUUGCCUACGGUUUGGUAAAAUCAAGGUAGAUUUUAUAUAAUCUUUACCCAUUAGUUUGUACAUUAUUCUCAUUUCUGGAGGAUUUGAUGUCCUUUGUAAAUAGGACCACAAAAGGUGCUCACCUUGAUGGCAGCUCUCACCAGGAUGAAACGGAUUUGAGUAAAAAGAAUAAAGUUCAAUUUAACAUUAAUCCUCUGAUCAGAUCAGUGUGAAACAUCCAUUGAGCAAGAGGAGGUUUGGCAGCAAGACAGGGAUGAGGCAGGAGUUGAGAACACCCUCACAUUUCGACGUGAAGUGGGGAGGAUGUACAGAUGUGAAAGACUUUUCCUGCACCUUGUAGUUCUCUGUUGUGCACAGGGGCUGCAUAAACUCCCAGCAUCUGCCCUGGCCCUGUUCCUGGCAGCGUCCUUCAUUGCCUUCUCCUGGAGUGCCCCUCAGGCUCAUUUCCAAAGGAGAAACUGGACUCCUCAGGCCAUGCUCUAUCUGAAGGGUGCACAGGGACGUCGCUUCAUCGCAGAUGAGAGCCAGAGGAAGGACAUUUAUGACAGAGUGCAGCUGGAAACACGCAGCCAUAGCACAAAUCCUUUAUCCCUUUCUGAAGCUGCUGCACUGUUCCUUACUUCCUUACAGAAAGCACAAGAAGGUGAAUGCACGUUUUGUCUUACUCUGACUUUUUUAAAAGCAGUUUUUCAGUAUUUCAUUUUCUAGCAAAUUAAUCUAGAAGGUCUGUUUUGAACU